UGCUCCAAUCUCCAAUUUCAACUCACCUUGCUUUCACGUCUCGUCAAUCAAGCCAUUCAACUUCAAUCAAAAGAACCCCCUGAUUCAUUGAUCAAAUGGAAAUUGGUUCUUUCACAUUUCUUUCUCCAGAAGACAUUAGCAACGACAGCACCAACUUCUCUUGGUUUCAGGAUAUGGAAAAUGGGUUCAAUGGGAACAGCAAGAAGCGGGGUAGAAAAGAUGAGGAAUCUUUUGUCGACGAUGAAUUGAAGAUGACUGGGUUUGGAGAUAUACUUUCCUCGAUUUUGCUGUUGGACGAGGAAGCAAAGGAAGAGCAACAUCAAUGGGUCACUGACUCUGAACAAGAAAGAGCUCUCUUCGAAGCCAAUUACAGGGAAAAAGUUCAAGAAAUUAAUGGUUAUUUGGACCAGCUCCAAAGCCUUUAUUCUGAAAUGGACGAGUUGGAUAAUUCCAGAAACAAACGCCCCCGUAAAUCCAGUUUAGCGGCUGCUACUGCUGCGACCGUUUUAGCUGGUUCGGACAAUGUGGGCCCAUCGCAACCGGGCAGUGGAUCAGGACAGCAAAGGCGGCUAUGGGUAAAAGACCGAUCUAAAGACUGGUGGGAGAAGUGCAAUCACCCCGAUUUCCCAGAAGAGGAAUUUAAACGCGCUUUCCGGAUGAGCAAAGCCACGUUCGAUAUGGUCUGCGAGGAGUUGGAACCGGUGGUGAUGAAAAAGAACACGAUGCUUCGUGAAGCGAUCCCGGUUCGUCAACGCGUGGCGGUUUGUAUUUGGCGGUUGGCCACGGGUGAGCCGCUUAGGAUGGUAUCGAAACGAUUCGGAUUGGGGAUUUCAACUUGUCAUAAGCUGGUAUUGGAGGUUUGUACGGCCAUUAAAACCGUUUUGAUGCCUAAAUUUGUUCAAUGGCCAGACGACAACAAAAUGAAGAGGAUCAAAGAGAAAUUCAAGUCCAUCACUGGGAUUCCGAACGUGGGUGGUUCAAUAUACACUACUCACGUGCCCAUCAUUGCACCAAAAGUUAGCGUCGUAGCGUAUUUCAAUAAAAAGCACACGGAGAGGAAUCAGAAAACUUCAUAUUCGAUUACCCUUCAAGGAGUUGUUGAUCAAAAAGGAGUUUUUACCGAUGUUUGUAUCGGAUGGCCUGGUUCGAUGUCUGAUGACCAAAUUCUGGAGAAGUCAGCCUUCUACCAAAGGGCCACCAGGGGGCAUUUGAAGGAUGUUUGGGUCGUAGGGGGUAAAGGGUAUCCUUUGAUGGACGGGGUUCUGGUUCCUUAUACUCGCCAGAAUCUUACUUGGGCUCAACAUGCUUUCAACGAGAAAAUUGGGGAGAUCGAAAAGGUCUCCAAGGAAGCAUUUGCCAGAUUGAAAGGUAGGUGGUCAUGUUUGCAGAAGAGAACCGAGGUGAAGCUUCAAGAGUUGCCUGCUGUACUUGGAGCCUGCUGCGUUUUGCAUAAUAUUUGUGAGCUGAGAAACGACGAGAUGGACCCCGGGCUUACAUUCGAGCUUUUUGAUGAUGAGGUUAUCCCAGAUAACAAUUUGAGGACUAUGACUUCCGUACAAACCAGGGAUCACAUUGCUCAUAACUUGUUGCACCGUGGCCUUGGAGGCACUGGUUUACUAUAGUGUUUUAUUACAUUAUUUUAUUACUACUGUUGAUUUAGAAAUCUUUUUGUAGUCUGAUAUUUGAUUGCCAUUCUUUUUGGCUAAGGCAAUAAAGAUUAUUCUCGAUUUACUUUUUCUGUAUAUGGGUUUGUCAACAUUUUUUAUUUGUGAUUGUGCUUAGAUCAUUCAAAAAAAUUUUAAAAUUUGGUGAGCCCAGUCAAUGCAUU